AUGAGGAAACAAGCAGCUGAAAUACAAGCCAAUUGUCCCAAGUGUGCAAAAAUACCUUCCACCGAGGAAUCAUUCACCGUCUCGUUUGCGGAGGAUUGGAGGGCCCCAUACUUGGCAUCUUUCAUCAAUGGAGUCUUGCCAACCAAUCCCAAGCAUGCACGCAAGCUCAAAAGGACAAUGAAAAGAUACUUCAUAGACGGGUCAACUCUUUACCGUAAGGGGUUUAAUGGUGAGCCAUUAAAAUGCUUGGGAAAGUCAGAGGCACAGCAAGUCAUGCAAGAAAUUCAUGCUGGAGAAUGUGGUGAACACCAAGGAAUGAAGAAGCUUUACCGGCAGCUGCUGAGUGUUGGGUAUUAUUGGCCUACAAUGAAGAAUGAUGCAUACGACUUUGUGAAGAGGUGUCACACAUGUCAAGUUCAUGCCAAUUUAAGUCAUAAGCCUCCCACGCUGCUGCAAGACAUGCGCACCCCUUGGCCCUUCCAUACUUGGGGGCUUGAUUUGAUCGGGACCAUCCAUCCACCAUCCGACAGCUACAUAUGGAUCCUCACGGCCACCGAAUAUUUCACAAAGUGGGUAGAAGCGGUUCCCUUGCGGAAGGCCACGGGAGCUGCCGUUGCCAAUUUCAUCCGUGAAAAUAUUGUAUGCAGAUUUGGGAUCCCAUACAAGAUUGUCACCGACAAUGGCACCCCGUUUGUCAAUAAGCAAGUAAGCUCGACACUUAGUGGUUAUGGUAUCAAGCAUCGCCGCUCCACGCCUUAUUAUCCACAAGGAAAUGGUCAAGCGGAAGCCACAAAUAAGACUUUAUUGAGGAUCUUAAGCAAAAUGGUUUAUGAGUAUGAAGGAGGUUGGAGUGUUCACCUGCCGGAUGCUUUAUGGGCCUACCGCACCUCUUCAAGAAGUGCCACAGGUUUCUCGCCAUAUUCACUCGUGUACGGGUCCGAUGCCAUUUCACCAGUAGAGAUUACCAUCCCCACUGCCAGAACAGCAGCUGUUAACGACCUCGAAUGGGAUACAAAGUCAUGCUCGGAAUGGCGCCUGCUGGACCUUGAAGCUUUGGAUGAAAAAAGAGCGGUAGCCGAAAAGAAGACAGCAUUGUACCACAGAACCGUAGCUCAAGCCUAUAACAGGACAGUCAAGCCUCGCGCCUUCAAGCAAGGAGACCUCGUGCUAAAAGUUGCGGAGCAUGUGAGAAGACAAGUGUCGGGACCUUCCAAGUUUGCGCCACAAUGGGAAGGCCCGUUUGCAGUCAAAGAGGUUCACAGCAGCGGCUAUUAUCGCUUGGUCUCUGUCAAAGAAGGCACGCUAACCGACCCCGUCAAUGGGAAGUGGCUCAAGCUCUAUUACUGCUAA